AUGUGGUCCGAUAACCUGCAGCCCUCAGGGCCUCCGUACUUGCCCCAGAUCGCCCAGCUCGGCGGCCAGCCGACGCCCAAAGUCGAUGACCCGAUAUCCGCGGUGCUGCUGGUGUUCUUCAUCACGGGCGCCGUCAUCAACAUGACGAUCUUCCAGGUGAACCGGAAGCGGGACCACAAGUUUGUCUUUAGUGCGAUGACCUUCGGUUUCUGCAUGGCCCGGAUAACGGCGUUGACCAUGCGUAUCGUCUGGGCCUCGCGCCCGACAAACAUCAACAUCGCCAUUGCCGCCAACAUUUUCACACAGGCCGGCGUGCUGCUUCUCUUCGUCAUCAAUCUCGUCUUUGCGCACCGCAUGGUCCGCGCCUACCACCCGCACUUUGGCUGGCUGCGCGCCGUCAGCCUCCUGUUCAAGUUCUUCUACUUCAGCGUCGUGGCGCUGCUCAUCAUGGUCAUCACCGCCACGGUCCUGACCUUCUUCACACUCGACACCGACAGGCGCCGCAUCUGCCGCGACAUCCAGCUAUUCGCGGGCACGUAUCUGGCGGCAUUGGCAUUCCUGCCCAUCCCAAUCGUCUCGUUGGCGGCUCUCAUCCCUCGAAAGGGCCGUGUCGAGAAGUUCGGCCAGGGCCGCUUCCGUACGAAGCUCAGAUUGCUGCUCUUCACUGCCACCCUGCUCGCUCUUGGCGCGGGCUUCCGCAUCGGUGUCAACUUUGACAUCCGGCCCAUCAGCCACCCGGCUUGGUACCACCACAAGGCGUGCUACUACUGCUUCAACUAUGUCAUCGAAAUCAUCGUAGUGUAUACAUAUGCCCUCGCACGAUUCGACCGCCGCUUCCAUGUCCCCAACGGCAGCAGCGGACCGGGCGACUACGCCGGCGGCAUGCAGAGAACGAGGACGUGGGAGGACCGCAUCAACCGCGAGGCGGACGUGUUCGGCGACGACACCGACACGGCCACCGCCAACAACUUCGCUGAUACCGAGGGGCAGAGAGAGCAGGCCUGGGAGGCCCAGGCGCGAGAUGAGCUGGAAAAGGAGCGACCCGGGAGCCAGUCCGCAUGA